AUGUCUCUAGGUCCAUUGUUGGACCUCUUUUGUUCACAGAUGCACACUCAGGGUCUCAGGCAUGCACACUCCACACUCGAGUGCUUUGAUUGCUGCGUGCAGUAGGCCUAGGCAUGUAAUACACUGUGUAGGCUUACCAUAUAGUUCUGGCAGCUGAAACUCAUUUUCCAGCGAGAUUUGUCAGUAUUUCGAUUAUGUUAACAUAGGUUGUGACCCUAUUUUAUCUUCAAGGAAGAAACAAGUAAUAACCUUACAUCAGUGCAGCUGUUGCAGCGCCUGCUGUGCACUGUUUCAGGGAAUUUCAGGCUCAUAAAAAAAUAAUAAUCAUGGAGACCAAUAAUAAUCAAUGCAGUUAUUUCGCAGACCCUAGUGAAUAUUCAACUAUUGGUGGCGCCCUUGCGAUUAGACAAGAAAUGGCGUCCUACACGAUUGGUCCAGAGGACGUCUGUUUGUGGUACUCUGACACCCACCUAAGACUCCCAGAGCUUCGUAAAACUCUACAGCGCCAAGAUUUCCCCCGAGCAACGCGUACAUUACUAGAGUGGAUUCAUCGCUACUUUGUACAAUGUGAGAAUUUUCCUCCCGGGAAAUUCCCUAAUCAGGAAUGCGUCCGUCAACUCAUCGCAGAGUUUGUGUUCUACAGAAAUUCUGGUACAAGUAGAGUGCAGCAAAAAUUGUCGGCCAUUCAAGAACUGCGACUCUUGGAAGAACUUUGCAACCAUUUUCAGAUCAGCAAGAACCUGAUCACAAGACACAAUGUCUUUGAUGCCUUCUUUGGUUGUAAGGCAGGACCCGUACAGAUCGGCGAUGAACACAGGACUGGAGCACUGAGUAAACUAGUCUCCAUGGCUGUUGCUGUUAAUUGUAUCCCCGUUCUUGACUGUGCUGCUGUGUUGAUCCACAACCAGGGAGCAUCAGAGGCCACUCUGGCACUCACUCAGAGUAUCGUGCAAGACUUUUGCAUCUUGAUUCCAGAUGCUAAAACACUGCUCAAGGACCUUGUGGAUUCUUCACCCUUGUUUGUGAGUCGGCUCAUGGCAUGUCUGGCUGCACUGUAUGAUGUGGAUAGAGAUCCAAAGAAGAAGAAUUUACCACCAGUGUCAUUACUUGAGGUAAUUGCCAGUUGGAUCAACAAACGUCCACUCAUAUUCAUCGAGCAUCUCCUGAACCCACCACCAGGUAUCCCAUCAUUCCACAGCGGAGGUCAGGACCAGGGGUCAUCACGGCUCCAGGGACCCUUCCCGGGAUUGAUCAAGGCGUGCGUCACCUCUCCGCUGGUCCUCAACAGACCAAUCUCCAAGACUGACGUCACUACCCACAGAGAGGAGCAAUCCACAGAGCAUCAUCUCUACUCCAAGCUCCAUCUAGGCAUUCUCCAGGCGCUCCUCGCAACACAGAACAGACAAAAACAACGGUCGUCACUUCCCUCCAAAGUCAAGCUUGACGAACUGGUGUCAGUUAGGGACAUGGAGGGCGCUAUUAACAGCCUGCAGAAGAUGCUGAAUGGAGGCCAUGUUGUUGACGAAGAGGUUAUUCGUAUUUCCUUGGAUAGACUUGCUCAAGUAGUGCAGGUAGCCAUGUCGACAGGGGCACUAGCCUGUUCUAAAAGUACUCUUAAGACAGCAUUUGAUGGUCUUCCCAACAAUCAGUUACUGUCUCUGGUUUUGGACCAUGAGGGCGCUAUACCAAGCUAACAGUGCAGUGUACAGAUUGUGGAAUUGGACUUGUUGUAAUCAGGGACCAUUUUCAUAGAGCUGCUUAAGCACAACACAAUCCUGUUUACCACAAUAAGGUUGCCAGCCAAAAUAGCAUUCCAUGUUCAGUACUUGUAACUGGUAUCCUGCUUAGUUUUGCUGAGCUGUAAAAUUGUAAGUCAAUGUUUUCUGAUUGAGCAGCUUCAUAAGAAUUGGCCCAGGAGACUUAUCACAGCAAUGACAACAUAAUGAGUAGGGCGCCCUCAGCUAGAGGUCGGAGGAUGCUAGUUCAUUGGCCCCUGAUCUGCGCCAUGCGUACAACUUGUGUGUUAUCCAUUGUUUCAUUAGCUUUGUCCAAGGCUCUUUAUGCAAGCACCGGCCCGCUCCGACUUCACGAAAUGCCUAGAUACUAUAUCGCACGGCACAUAACAGUACUUGAUACCGUGGGGUCAAAGCAUGUUUUUUCAAGGUUUUAACCUCGUACAACAAGGCCAGGUCAGUUGCAGCUUGGUUUGUACGAGGUACAACAACCUUGAAAAACCAUACUUCGACCCAGCGGUAUCAAGUACUGCUAUGUACACACUCCAUGCAGUAUAGUAUCUGCAGUUCGUGAAUUCAGAGGGGGUCUGUUCUUGUGUAAAGAGCCUCGGACAGGGCUAAUGUUUCAUCACCUUUUAACCUCUAAGAUGGCGGCGUUAUGAAGUCAAUGAAUAAGGACCAUAGCAUGUGGAGAACACUUAAUAUUUCUACAUUGUGUGUGGCUUAUGUGUACAUGAUAAUCUGAA